AUGAGGAGAAAUAUCUCCAUCCUUAAAUACCAUAUAUUUUACAAGUAUGCAUUAAAACCCACAUGGUUCAAAGAAUAUAGAAAGAAUGAAGUGAACGUUUUUUUUCUUUUCGAUAGUAAGAGAAAUAUUAUAUCAGGAAAUAUUUCAGAAAAUAAAGAUACAAAAAUAAAACAUGUGGAGGACACAACAUUAAAAAGUGUAAAGAAAAAUAAAAAUGUGCAAGAAGAAGAAAAUGAUGAAGAUGUGUAUGUAUUAAAUGGAAAACCUUUAUAUGCACAGAAGAAUAAAAAAAAUAAAGAUGAAAUCAAAAAUAAAGUGUCUUCUUUAAAAAAAAUUAAAUAUUUAACAAAUACAGAUAAUUUAUUUUAUGCUAGAUUAAAUGAAAGUUUAAGUAAAACGAAAAAAAAUAAAACAGAUAAAAAAGAUAUAAUAGAAAAAAAAACAUUUAAUAAUAAUGAUCAAAUAAUUGAAGAAAUAGAAUAUAAAAAUGUUAAGGAUGAACAUAACAAAGAAAAAAAUAUAUCAAGUUAUAUAUAUAGUAAUAAUCAAAAUACAACAUGUGUUGAUAAUAUAAAAAGUGAUAUAUAUAAUGAACGAACUACUAAUAGUCAUAAAAACACACAUAAAAAUGAUAAUGUUAUUAUUAAUAAUAAUAAUAAUAAUAAAUAUACAGAAAACAUACAACUUCAAAACACGCCAAUGUUCUUAGGAAAGUUUGUGAAUCUUGCUAAUAAUAUUCAAAUUAAUGAGAACAAAUUACAUAUAGAAAAGAAACAUGAUACAUUAAAAACAAAUAAUAUAUAUAAUAGUAAAGAAUCAAAUGAAAAAGAAGUUAAUAAAAUUAAUUCUAAUAAAUCUAAUAAUGAAUAUAAUGAACAGAGUAAUGAUUCUUAUAUUGAAAAAUUGCCUAAUGAUAAUAAAAAUAUAAAACAAGAUAUUUUUGAAGUUUUAAAGAAAAUAAAUAAUGAAAAUGAUAAAAAAGGAAUGCAAAAAUUCUUAAAUAAUUUUUUAUUAUAUAAAAAUAAUAGCCCUUCAAAUAUUUUAGGAAAUUUCGUUAGUUUCUAUUUUUGUAAUAUAUUAAGUGAAGAUUUAAAAGAUUUAAAAUAUUCUUAUUAUGAUGGAGUAAAAUUAUGUGUUAAUACCUUCUUAAAUUCUUUAAAAGAAUUAAAUGAAAAUCAAAUAUCUAAAAUGACAAAUAUCUAUUUAGAAGAAUAUUUUUUAAAUAUAUUCCGUAUUUUAAAAGAUAAUAAUCUUAAUUUUCAUUUUGAUAAUUUAGAAAUAACCAAUAUCAAAUUAUUAAGUGUAUAUAAUAUAUUAGGUUUAAUUCGAAAUAUUAAUGGGAAAAGAAAUAUUCAAAAAAAAAAAAAUAUCAAAAAGUUCUUAUAUCAAUAUAUAUGUAUUGAUAAUAAAGAUGUCGCUUUAUUAAAAAGUAAAAAUAGAAUAAAAUUCUUAUCAAAUAUUAUAAAAAAUGGAGUUACUACACGUAUGCAUAUAUUAGUAACAUUGUCUUAUGAUUUAUCUUCAUACGAUAAUAGUUCCUCAAAUAUUAUUACAAAAAAUAAUAUUAAAAAUACAACCAUGGAAUUAAUAUUUGAAAACCAAUUGGAAAAUCCGAACUUUUCUAUACAAUCUAAUGAAACUUUAAAUUUAAAAUCAUCAGGCUGGUAUUUGGUAGACAUCAAUCAAAUAUUAAAUGAGAACUUGCCUUAUGAAUGA